AUGCGGGAUAGCUCCAUCAAGCGCUCCCUCGGGGUGGACCUCACUCGCUCUCUCAAAGAGUCACGCGUUCUUCUUGUCGGCGCAGGCGGCAUCGGCUGCGAGCUACUGAAAAACCUCGUCCUUACCGGGUUCGGCGAAAUCCACAUCAUCGACCUCGAUACCAUAGAUCUGAGCAAUCUCAAUCGUCAGUUCCUUUUUCGACAUGAGCAUAUCAAGAAACCAAAAGCCUUGGUUGCCAAGGAAGUUGCGCAAAAGUUCCGGUCUGACGCAAAGCUCGAGGCCUACCAUGCGAACAUUAUGGAUGCCCAGUUCGACGUCUCGUGGUUCGAAUCCUUCAACGUCGUGUUUAAUGCGCUAGAUAACAUCGCCGCAAGACGUCAUGUGAACAAGAUGUGCCUUGUAGCCAAUGUGCCCUUGAUCGAAAGUGGAACUACAGGCUUCAAUGGCCAGGUCCAAGUUAUUCAGAAGUCGGAAACCGAGUGCUACGAUUGCAACGUGAAAGAAACCCCCAAAUCCUUCCCCGUGUGUACGAUCCGCAGCAACCCCAAGGAGCCGAUUCAUUGCAUCGUUUGGGCGAAGAGCUACCUCUUGCCGGAACUUUUCGGCAAUAGCGACGAGGAGGCACCGGAGGUGGACAACACAGAAAACGCUGAUAACGCGAACGAAAUUGCAGACCUGCGCAGGGAAGCACUGGAGCUCAAAGAGUUGCGACAAUCGAUUGGCACCGAGGAAGCCCACCAGAAGGUCUUUGAUAAGGUUUUUGGAAAGGAUAUAAUACGAUUACAAGGCAUGGCGGAUUUGUGGAAGGAAAAGAAGCCGCCAAAGCUCCUUGACCUUGCUCAACUUCAAGCAGAGUCCGAUUCAAUUGCCUCGACGGUCUCUACACAGGACCAGAGAGUGUGGACAUUGGGGGAGAACUUCAGCGUCUUUAGGGAUAGCCUGAACCGGUUAGCACAUCGUCUGAAGCAACUUCAAGAAAAGAAGCUUCCAGACCAAGAUUCCCCGAUCCUGACAUUCGAUAAAGACGACGUGGACACUUUGGACUUCGUUACCGCAACAGCUAAUCUACGAGCUGCUAUCUUCCACCUUGAACUUAAAUCCAAGUUCGACGUCAAGCAGAUGGCGGGCAAUAUCAUCCCUGCUAUUGCAACCACCAAUGCCAUGACAGCUGGACUAUGUGUUCUUCAGUCAUUGAAGGUGUUCCAAGACAACUUGAUGCAGGCCAAAAUGGUUUUCCUGGAGAGAUCCGGUGCUCGUGCGAUUAAUUCAGACUCAUUGAAACCCCCGAAUCCCGAUUGCCCUGUCUGUUCCCGUCUGAUGGCUCCGGUCGAAAUUGACCCUGAGCUAGCGACCCUUGAACAUCUCGUCCAUGACGUUCUUCAGAUGGAACUGGCUUAUGGCAGAAAUAUCUCCCUUGCUAUUGGUGAUAGACUGAUCUAUGACCAAGAAUUUGACGAUGAUCUGCCGGAAAAGUUGUUUGACAUUGGCAUCAAGAAUGGCAGCUUUAUCACGGUAAAAGAUGAUAAUGAACCUGCACGAAUCGACCUUGAUGUGGUGAUCAAGACAAGAAGUGAGCCAUCUUCCGAGGACUCCAAGCCGGCAACGCUGCAGAAGAUGGUCGAGAUACCCUUGAAGCCCAAGCAGCCUGCCCAGCCCCCCACCGAUGACGCGCAGAAGCCUGAGCAGCCUGCGCAUCCUUCUACUGACGAUGCAACUGUGACGGGGAAGCGCAAGCGUGAGGGCUCGAAUGAUGAGGUGGAGCCCAGCAGCCACGAUGCGAAGCGUCUCGCCAGUGCAACCGUUCCUGACUCAAAUGGCAUUGAAGCUAUCGUUCUUGACGAUGAUGAGGAAGGUGCCAUCAUGAUCGAUGAUUGA